AUGAUUCCAAAAGGUGUGGGGGCUCCUCCACCACCAGGUAUGGAUCCGCGUAAGGGCAAGUUGAUGUGUAUCAAAGUGCGAAUGCUAGACGACACCGUUGGAGUAUUCCAUUUAGGACUGUAUUUGUUUGCUGUGUGCCAACAGUGGUCACCACAGUGGUCGACCGCUGCCGCUGCACAUAAGGCACUUGGCGAAGCACUGUUCAACGAAGUUUGUCGGCAUCUAAAUCUAUUGGAAACUGAUUAUUUUGGCCUUGAGUUCAAUGAUUGUUUCAAUAACCGAAUAGAAAAAAUCGCUUCGUCUUUACAGUGCUGGUUGGACAAGGAUAAACCGAUUUUACGCCAGAUCACUAACAAACAAAGUGACGCACGAUUCGCUUUUGUUGUCAAAUUUUAUACACCAAAUCCUUCUGAUCUUGAGGAGGAAUAUACCAGGUAUCUGCUGGCUCUGCAGAUCAGAAAGGACUUGGCGUCCGGGGAGCUUCGAUGUAAUCACAAUACUGCAGCACUAAUGGCUGCACACAUUGUGCAGUCUGACUGUGGCGACUUCAGCCCCGAAGAUUAUCCAGACCAUAAUUAUUUGAACAGCGGUAGAUUUAUACCGAACCAGACCGUUGAUUUUCUGAAAACGGUCAGGGAGAAUCACAUGAAACUGAUGGGCAUGUCACCUGGUGAAAGUGACUUAGCACUUCUAGAAAUCGCAAGACGCUGUGAAUUUUAUGGAGUCAAGUUGCAUGAAGCAAAGGACGUGGAGGAGACAGUUAUUAAUCUAUCUGUCGCUCAUAUGGGUAUUCGAGUGUUUCAUCAAAUGCAAUGUGUCUCGACAUUUUCUUGGGCAAAAAUACGAAAAUUGUCAUUUAAACGACGAAAACUACUGAUAAAACUUCAUCCCGAAAGCUACCAAUACUAUAAAGAGACAAUUGAAUUCUCGUUUGAAAACCGGAACGAAUGUAAAAAUUUUUGGAAAAAGUGUGUUGAGCAUCAUGCCUUCUUCCGAUGUUUGGAAGUAACAGUUCCGAAGAAAUCCAAAGAAGGCAAACUUUUUAGUCGUGGGUCAUCUUUCCGGUAUCACGGAAAAACCCAAAAACAACUGAUUGACUAUGUGAGGGAACAUAGGAAACGAAGAGAACCUUUUUCACGGCCAAUAAAAUCCAGUUUAUCCUCACAACAAGGUUUAUAUUCUAAUCCAGUACGUUACGUAACUUCUGGAUAUGCGACAGUAAGCGAGCGAACAAUAAAAACUGUUGCUGUACCGAAUAUACAAAAGUGCCAUGCUACUGACAAUCAGCCGUGCUGUUCAUAUUUUCAUGAAAAUAGCCACUAUCUUCCGGAACCAGGUACACUAAGAACAUCUAAUUUACGCUCCACGCGAUCUGAGCUGACAAACAAGGUUCACAACCACUUGUUAGGUCAAAAACAUUCCAGUGGUGCAGUAUCAGACGGCGAAUAUAUGUAUUCAAGUGACGUUGAGCCCAAUCAUUAUUGUACAACACCUUCGCGUUACAAGCAAAAUACGUCUUUGAAACAGUUAAAUAAAAAACCUGAAGAAGUAAACAAUAAGGAAUCAGAGUCUCAUGAUCCACUAAUUUCUCUUUCUUUACCUGACGUUUUAGGUGAAGACGUUCAUUUAGUCUGUAGAGACCUUGAUCUCAGUUGUGAAUGUCCGCCAAAGUCAAUUUCUGGUGAUAAUUUUUUAGAGAUGCAACAAAAUAAUCAAGAAAUGGAUAAUGUUAGUGAAGGUUCUUAUAGAAUUUCGGAUCAUGAACCACAUUCACAACAUAGUGGCUCAUCAAGGCCUAGUGAAAUGCCACAAGAAAGUGCUGACACCUAUUUUGAAGCGAUAGUUAAGCGAACUGAUAGUGAGUCAGUAAGAAAAGCAAUUUACGCUGAUGCCUGUAAAACUACAGAAGUCAUUUCUUUGACACCAAAAACGCCACAAACACAAGACACCAGCGAACACGAAACAAAAACGACAGAGUCGCUGCUCAGAAAGACUAAAGAGCCAGAAGUUGAAGCUCCUGAGCAACAAUUUAGUACUUCGGCUCCGAGCGCACUGUUUAUUCAAAAGGAGCUUCCUACUUUUGGCAAAGGUGAAAACCGAGCGAUAAAGCGAAACCAAAGUCUAGAAGAAAAAAGAAGACACGGAGAUACAAUAUUUCAAGACGGUGGUCUUGAACUCUCAACAAUUCUGAGCCAUUCAAAAGAUCAGCCAAAUGAUCAAAAUCUUUCCAAACGUUAUCAAACUCUCCAGCAGUUCCCACAAAAAGCAAUCAUCUCACCUUUAGUCAGUUCAACCAGUAAAGCACAAGUAAUUUACACAUCAAGAGGUACCAUUCUACAAAAGCCAAAAGUCAUAUAUGACGAAGGUGAUGACAAAGAUCACACCGGUGUCAAAAAGAAGCACUCCAGUAUCGAGAAAAAAGUUGGGCAACCACAGUCAACCCCGAAAACGUAUGGUGCAACUGGUCCAUUACCUGGUAAGGUAAUUACUAGAGAAAGUAUCGUUAUUGCUGCUGAUAGCACCAAAAAGCCGAAACCUGCUGUACCACCGAAGCCGAAAUACCUCAGCGACAUGGUCGCAGCUCAGCAGUCGCAAACCACUGCAGCCUCAACACCGCACGCUGUCGUAAAUCUUCAAGAUGAAGAACUGUCUUCUUCACUACAUCAAGCUUCUACAAGAACAUCAUCACUACCAUCACAAAGACCAACAGUUAUUGCAAUUCAAAGUGAAGAUGCUCCAGACAUUCAGAAGUGUCAUCUUUUGAACAGCGAUAUUCCGUAUGUCUUGACAGUGAGAAAAAUUACUACAGAUGGUGAAAGUAAACCAGACAGUCCGUUUUCGACUUUCAAGGAUCCAGUCGGCAAGCAAGCACUGUCCGACGCAAUUGCUGGUAACGAAAGUGCAACUAUACCUCGCGAAAAGUCAAAGAGUCCAGAUGUAUUCAACAGGAGAAAAUCUCUUGAUUUAGUUCAGCGUAAACGUUUGCCGUCUCCUGGUAGUUUUUCUUCUCAGGACCAUUCGAUAUCACCUACCAGCUUAGAUUCCGGUGACGUGCUAGAGUAUCUCUUGAGACGUAGGUCAGCAAGUAACGAACGGUCUUCUUUAGCGAAGAGGGGAAAAAGGGGUGAUUUGCGUCGGCAAACUCAGCCUGUACGUUUUAACUUGCCGCCCAGUCCAGAUGUUGAGCAGCAACGCCCGUCAUCAGUUUCCCAACCAAACCUUCAAGAUAGAAAUGACGACGAAUUUAACAUUGAGGAACCUAAAGUAUCAGAUGAUCAGAGUGUCAGUGAAAGCAGAUCGACAGGUUUUAGGGAAACAAUUGAUGGCAGCAAUCUAAUAGGUGACGAGGAAGUUUUUCCUCCAGUACCAGAAUUUUCUCCACCACCAACUGCUAAGCCAGAAGAUGAAUCUGCUGUUGCAGAGAAUAGUUUGCCGCCACCACCGGCGACACCUCCAUUACCACCGCCACCUUUACUAAUAACUAGUGCUCAGUCAGUAAGGCCUACUUCUUUUGAUGAGCCACCGCUAAUUCCGCCGUCGUUAUCUGAAAAAACUGCAGAGUUUGAUGAAAGUGUACCGUUUGCUGAUGAGUCGUUUUCGCCGAGAUCGUCGUUAGUUCAGAGUGAAGAUUUCAGUGAGACUCAGCAAAAAUCUCAAAAUACUGCCACUUUGAGAACACCAACGGGUUUACUUUGGACUGAUUUUUAA